CAUUACUACAGCACUUGGAGUCAUCACCUAACUCAGCUCCUCAGUUUCCUCUCCUUGAAAACAUAGCCACAACUCAAUGGACAAUGAUAGUCAUGCUCUCCCUCCUCUCUUCCUCAACUUCCCCUUCCCUCCUUUCUCUCUCUAGAAAACUCUGUCUUCAGACCUUCACAAGAACUUUUUCACGCAGCAGCAGCACUACCAUGGCCAUAAACUUGCAGUCCCAUGCCUUUGCCGGCAAUCCUUUGAGAUCCAAGACCCCAAAACCCGAAGACCCACUUUCACCAAUCACAGCCCUUGAAACCCUCAAGACCCAGCUUUUAGAUGCUAAUCCCCACCACCAGCUCUCUUCCCCUUCUUUCAAGGUCCUGCCUUUCCUGAAAGGCAGGCCCUUGGCGGCUUCGGGUGCUGGACCCGGUGACUCGUCCCCAAAUUGGCAUCUGGGUUGGAUUAGUUUGGCAGAUUGCAAGGGUUACUUGGCCAAUUCCGGGGUCGAGUUGAGCGGUGACUCGAUGGUGUACCUGGGUUCGUGGCCUGAGGAGGAUGUCGUCUAUUGGGCAAUUGAUGUUUCUGGUGAGGGUGGUCUCGUGCCUGAGUUUGGGAGCAAGCAGCUCUGCUUUGUUGAGCUGAGGACGCUAAUGGUAGCGACGGAUUGGGCCAAUGCGCGAGCUAUGGGGGAAUUGGCUGUUGCUGGCCAUGCCAGGGCAUUGCUAGAAUGGCAUAGCGUAUCACGAUUUUGUGGACAUUGUGGAGAGAAAACAGUCCCAAUGGAAGCUGGGAGGCGGAAGCAAUGUUCAAAUGAGUUGUGCAAAACAAGGAUUUACCCUCGUGUUGAUCCAGUUGUCAUCAUGUUGGUCAUUGAUAGAGAGAAUGACCGUGCACUCUUAAGUAGACAAUCAAGAUUUGUACCCCGUAUGUGGAGCUGCUUAGCUGGUUUUAUAGAGCCAGGAGAAAGCUUGGAAGAGGCAGUGAGAAGAGAAACAUGGGAGGAGACUGGUAUUGAAGUAGGAGAAGUCAUAUAUCAUAGCUCUCAACCGUGGCCUGUUGGACCAAGUAGCAUUCCAUGCCAGUUGAUGGUUGGCUUUCAUGCAUAUGCAAAAUCACUAGAAAUAAACGUGGACAAGGAAGAGUUGGAAGAUGCUCAGUGGCACAGUAAAGAAGAUGUAAAAAAAGCUCUGGCAUUUGCCGAAUACAAAAAAGCUCAAGAAACUGCAGCAGUCAGGGUAGAACAGAUGUGCAAGGGAGUUAAGAAAGGACAGAACUUGGCUGCGGACUUCAAUGUGGAAAGUGGUGAACUUACUCCCAUGUUUAUCCCUGGGCCAUUUGCCAUUGCCCAUCACCUCAUCUCUUCCUGGGUCUACCAAGAUGCUAUCAAUGGCGUUGAAGCUCAUUCAAAAGAACCUAGUGGUUCUCUAUCGAAUUUGUAGUAGUGGCUCAAUUCAGUUUUAAGACAGCAUAAAAGUCCAGAAUCCCCCACUCAUGGAGUGAGUUUCUUUUUUUGACCAAAGGUUAGCCUCCCCCACAUUGUUUCUCAAGACGGUAAAGGGUAGUCGGAGCCUCGGCGACGUGGAUAUUCUAUCCUGUUCUAGUCAUAAAAGAUUCUGCCGCCUCUGGAAUGAUAGGGCGGUUUUCUUUAUUUGUUAUACAAAUAUAACUCAUUUCUUGUUGAAUUUUUUUAUUGUUACACCUACUCAUGUUCAAAAACCUGUGAUUCUAUCUUGUA